UGAUUCGUACAACAAUGAUACUUUAAUCGCAUUGGAAAAUAAUAAGAGACCACGAAUUGAUUUAUUCUUGUUGAGAACUGAAAAGCAAAAGCUCACUUUGAAGAUAUGUGCUACAAAGGAUGCUAAAAUG